AAAAAGUUAUAUUUUGUAAAUAUCAAUUAAAUCUACACAGAUACGUCAGAAUAAAUCUAUAGAUUCUUAACGUUAGAUACAUAAGAUAUUCGAUGUUUAUUUCUAAUCAUUCACAUACACAUUAAAAUAAUGAACUUGAAAUGCACGUGCCCACAGACGCUUUGGUUUUACUCAUAAAUUAAAGGACAAACAAGCAGGAACAUUUAAAUUAAAUCGGCAGAAUACCUAAAAACAUGUAAUUAAAUUGUGCCACAAAUUAUAGGGCAACAAUACCCAGCGCACAAGAAGAAAACCCACUAUAAAGUACGUUUUAAAUGAAAUAAAAAAAUAAAAAAAAAUAACUUCUACAAAAGAUUUCAACUACAGCAGUGUAAAAAACAAAAAUAAAUGUGAAAAAAUCGCCAACACCAAAGUGCGCGCACAGCAACAUAAUUAGAGAGCGGGACCAGCCAGCGGCUCCUGUGAGCUCAUUAAAAAUUAUAGAAAGCAUAAAACGAGAAGAAAAAGUUUUAAGUGAAAAAUAGGAAACUGUGCAGCAUUCAACUUAAAAAAAAAAACAUUUAAACCCAAAGGCAAAUAUAAACAGUCGCGCGCCAAGCAGCCAGCCCACCAGCUAGCAAUGCGCCUCUUAAAAGUGCCACUAACGGCAGACAAUGCUGCUGUGGCAGGCGCGCAGUUGGCACAUGACAUCAUUAUUGCGAAUCCAAUAGAGCCCUUGCCGCCACAGUCACAGGUGCAGCCACAUCAACACCAACAACAGUACUAUCAACAUAUCAGCGCCAUGCAUGUAGUGGAUGUGCAACAACUAAAAAUGGCUAAGAGCGCGGCAAGCGACAAAAGCAAUGCAGGAACAGCGAACAGCAAUCGCCGGCGCAAACAGCAGAAAACAAAAGCUGCUCAGCAAUUGCACAUCGGUAGCAGGGAGGUCAGCAAUUACAACUGCAACAAUAAUGAUCAGCAUACACAUACCGCGCCAACGGCAGCAGUAAAAUCAAGGUCGCUGGAACGCUAUGCCAAGCCGCCUCAUGCAACACUGCUUGCACUGGAACAAGAAAGCGCGAUCACACCUAAUCUCAACGCCUCACCACGCCGACGCUUUCUCUCACCAUUCAAGGCGCUCAAGCGACGCAGCCGUAGCAGCAGCAGCAGCGGUGGUGGCAGUAGUCGCUGUGAUUCGCGAGACGUUGCGGUGGCCGCUAUGUUGGAAAUGCAAUGUGAGCAACAACGGCAGCCCAACGAAAAACAAAGGGAGCCGCGUGUGGAGCAAUUCACCACAGCACAAACAUUGCUGCAGCAACAUGUUGCUAAGCGUGCGCAACAUUUGCAUUCAUCAAGUUCACAGAGCGGCGAUAGUGGGACUGGUGGCACCGAACUCGAAAUGGAGUUGCAAGACUGCAGUCGCACGUCUGCUGCGGCGAGUAGUCAACUCAGUCUUAGCUUCUCUCAGCUGAGUAGUGGCGGUGAUGCCGGUGACGGUGACGAUGAUAGCAGCAGCGAUGCAGUAGUUGUGGAUGUUGAAAAGGUUCGUCACGAGUGUGUUAUCGACAGAAAUACAAUUGAGCGCCAUUCUGUGGAGCAAAAUGCUGCUACGUCGUCGCCUCAAGCUGAGCAAUAUGGCGGUAAGGAGACGACGGCUAUUACAGUAGUUGAAAACCAUGCGCCGGAUGAUGAUGAGACACAUAACUUCUCCGUCAGUGUGGACGAUUUGGAUGCUGCAUUUGCUGAGGAGUCGCUCUACACGAUCGGCAAUAUAACGUUGGUCGACGACACAUACUCCAAUUAUGAUCCGAAUAAUGAUGCAGAGCGUAUGUUCCUGCAGGUGGUGGGCAUAUUGCGCGAUGAAAAUGAGAAAAUGCGCCAAUUCCAAAAGACGCUCGAGGACUUGACUUCACGAGUCGCCUCUGCCGAAGUGACAAAGACAUCAUGGGUGCCACCCGCCUCAGCACAGGAAGCCACAGAGCAAAUGCAACAUUUACAACGUUUACGCGACAAAAUGACCACCGCUGGUGCUUUGUUGGACGAUUGCAACGAACAGCAGGCAUUCUUCACAGCCAAUCAAGUUUUGGUGCCUGCUGUGUGUCUAUCACGGCUGGAAGAUUUAAAUACAAGAAUGAAACUCCUUCAAAUUGCAAUGGAUGAACGACAAAAGGUACUUUGCAAUGCUGGCGCAAAUCAGGCUUUAGAAAAUGGUGAAGAUGGACGCACAACAUCGAAUAGUGGCACAAUUGGGCCAUUACCUAAUCUAGGACAGAGCGUAAAGCCGCCUUGGGAAAGAGCAACGACAGCUGCCAAUGUGCCUUACUACAUUGAUCACGAACGCGAAACCACCCACUGGGAUCAUCCGGAAAUGAUUGAAUUGAUGAAGAGCUUAGCCGAUCUAAAUGAGAUACGUUUUUCAGCCUAUCGUACAGCGAUGAAAUUACGCGCCGUGCAAAAGCGUUUAGCUCUCGAUCGCAUACCCAUGUCCACUGCCAUCGAAUCAUUCGAUCGUCAUGCGUUGCGCGCACAAAACGACAAACUCAUCGAUAUACCAGAUAUGACAACCGUCUUGCAUUCGCUCUAUGUGACAAUCGACAAAAUUGAUUUGACAUUAAUGUUGGAUUUGGCUAUAAACUGGAUAUUAAAUGUAUAUGAUUCGCAACGUACUGGACAGAUACGCGUUCUGAGCUUUAAGGUUGGCCUGAUUUUGCUCUGCAAGGGUCAUCUCGAGGAGAAAUAUCGUUAUCUAUUUCGUUUGAUUGCGGACCCAGAACGAAAAGUUGAUCAAAGAAAAUUGGGUUUGCUGCUGCACGACUGCAUACAGGUGCCACGCCAGCUGGGCGAAGUGGCCGCUUUUGGUGGCUCCAACAUAGAGCCUUCGGUGCGCUCUUGCCUCGAACGCGCGGGUAUCUCACAAGAAGCUAUUGAUGCCAAUCAGGAAAUUGCCAUUGAACAAUCACACUUCCUCGGCUGGUUGCAACAUGAGCCGCAAAGCUUAGUCUGGAUGCCGGUGCUCCAUCGUCUGGCAGCUGCCGAAACGGCCAAACAUCAGGCAAAGUGUAACAUUUGCAAAGAGUAUCCGAUAAUUGGAUUCCGUUAUCGCUGCCUCAAGUGCUUCAAUUUCGAUAUGUGCCAAAAAUGUUUCUUCUUUGGACGUAACGCCAAAAAUCACAAACUUAGCCAUCCAAUGCACGAGUACUGUACAACGACCACCUCAACAGAAGAUGUGCGCGACUUCACGCGCGCUUUGAAGAAUAAAUUCAAGAGUCGCAAGUACUUCAAAAAGCAUCCACGUGUCGGCUACUUGCCGGUACAAAGUGUGCUUGAAGGUGAUGCAUUGGAGAGCCCCGCUCCCAGCCCGCAACACACAACACACACACUCCAGAAUGAUAUGCACUCACGUCUCGAGAUGUAUGCUUCACGACUGGCCCAGGUCGAAUAUUGCACCGGCUCCAACUCAACACCAGAUAGUGAUGACGAGCAUCAACUGAUCGCCCAAUAUUGCCAAGCAUUACCGACAAACAAUGGUAGUGGUCCUAAAUCACCGGUACAGGUCAUGGCAGCCAUGGAUGCAGAACAACGCGAAGAGUUGGAAGCGAUUAUACGCGACUUGGAAGAGGAGAAUUCAAAUUUACAAGCAGAAUAUCAGCAGCUAUGCAGCAAACAAAACAGCACCACACCUGAUGCGGAUGGGGGCAUGCAACAUUCAACGUCCGCCAUGGGUGGACUAGCGGCAGGUGCAAAUGCCGCUGGCGAACAUGGACAGGAUAUGAUGGCUGAGGCGAAGUUGUUGCGCCAACAUAAAGGUCGCCUUGAGGCGCGCAUGCAAAUAUUAGAAGAUCACAAUCGCCAACUGGAAGCACAAUUACAAAGACUACGCCAAUUGUUGGAUGAACCGAAUAGUGGUGCUGUAAGUGUCUCCGGCUCGGCGUUGAAUUCGAAACCGAAUACGCUGCAAACGCGUUCUGUGACCGCAUCACAACUUAACACCGACUCACCGGCGAAAAUGAAUCAACAGAAUGGCCAUUAUGAGCAAAGCACAACCGCUGAAAUUGGACGCGCCGUUGAGGAGCUGGUGACCGUUAUUACCGAACAGGAGAUCGAACAAACGCAACGUCAACAAAACGAUGACGACGAGCGGGACGACGAUGAAGAGGAUGGUGUGAGUGUGGCGACAGCGAUUACUGCUAAAACAAUCAUAAAACCUUUAAAGGCAACAUCAAAUACAAAAACCAAGGCAACUACCACCACCAACGCUAAUGCAACUUCAACGAUAUUAAGCUAAGAAAAUUUUGCAAUGCUAUUGGAAAUAAGAGCGUAACAUUUGGAAAAUUGAUAGUAAAAGUGAAAAAAGUAUCGUCAAGAGGCAGCAGAGUGUGCAGGCAAGAAAUGAAAUAAAUUAAAAAAGAAAAGGAAUUGCAUAGAAAUGGAGCGAAUAUUGCGGAAGAUCGGAAAUUCUAUCACAACAAACAGAUACACACAGCUGCAUGAAUGAAUAAGAUAAGCUAAUUAUGAGAUAAAGCCAACAAAUAUCACUGCGUGCAGCAAAUAAAAUAAAGUAAACAUUAAAAUAUCAUUGCAACUUACAGCUAACUUUUUGUUUAGUGCAAUAUUGAAAAAAUUGAAAAAGUUAAAAAUAUUAACAAAUUAUAAGAAAUUAAAAGUAAUACAUUUCAGAACAUGCAUACAUAUAAUUAAAAUUGUUUACCAAUAUAUAUAUAUGAAGCAAUUAAAUAUGCUUAAUAAAAAAUUUCAAAAAAAAAUAUACAAAAAUCGCAUACAAGCAUACUCACAUUCACGUUCACCUACUUAUUAACAUACAACAACAAAAAUGGAAUAUGUACAUACAUAUAUACAUACAUAUGUUUACGAAAUAAUAAAUAUUAUUAACCACAAAGCUCGAAAAUUUGAAGAAAAAGAUCCGAUUUCGAUUAAAAGUUCAAAUGACUUCAUUGAAUUGAGUUGAGAGUUGAUUAAAAGCUUAUUGUAAAAGCAAACGAAAGGCAUGAAACGAUGAUUGUUUGCUGUUAGGGCUUGGCAAUGUUAAUGAGUUGCAAAAAAAGGGUAUGAAAAACAUUAAAUCAAAGAAAAGAAAAUUGAAGUAUAAAAAUGUAUUCAGAAAAAAGCUGAGCAGAAAAAAAAAUAUGCGGCAAAUGUCAGCAUAUGACUGGCAUGCAACUGAAAUACAAUAGCUUUUAGUGCGUGACAAUGCUUUCAUUAAUUCUCUGUUAAAUAAUUACAAAAACAAGUGUAUGUAUGUAUAUUUUAUCAUUACGUUUGGUUUAAAAUAAAAAUGCUUACUUAAUUUGUUUAACAUUUUGCAAUAAGUUCGGAAAACAAGUAAAUAAAUAUUUUUUUUAUAGAAAUAGUAAAAUAUGAACAUAUCACGAAAAAAACGAAAAGCGCUCCUCAGAUAAUUACAACAACAGAGAAGUAUAGUAGCAAAACUUUAUUUCCAAUUAAAAUAAAAUACAAUAAAAAACGCAAAAAUAAAUUAAAAAUUAAGAAAAGCAAAUGAAAUGAAAAUAAAAUGUUUAAUAUUAAGUAAACGCACCUUAUAAUGCUUUGUAAUUUUAUAUGUAUAAAAAAUUAUUAAACUUUUAUAAAGUACGCAUGUACGCGAAAAAAUUGUAAAUUUAAAUUUAAAGCUUUCCAAUGAAAAUAGCAACAGUAGUAGAUGCAGAAAAUGCAGAAAACAGCAAUAUUUAGUGACUUAAGUUUUUCAGUUCCAAAAAAUUAAAUAUCAAGAAUUUUUUUAAAUUUUGUUUUGAUUUCUAGCAUUUCUUAAAGUCUUUCAUUGAAAAAGAAUUCAACUUUCACACUUUAUUUUCGAGAAAUUAAAAUUCUCAUAAUUUUUCAAAUUUUCAAAAAAAUAGACUUCAAACGUCUAUCAUAAUCUCCUAUUUCAAUUAAAGAAUUCCAACAUCUUCCGCUUAAAAAUAUUUAUUUCCCAGCAACUCUCAAAAUCUUCCACUUGAAAUAAAUUAAGAAUUCAAACAUUUUUUCAAAUUUUCAACUUAAAAAAAAUUCACUUAAAAAAUUUCCCAAAUAGUUUCUACUUAAAAAAUAUUCCUACUUUCAACAUUUUUAAUAAUCUUUACUUAAUUAAAAAUUAAACUUUACAUUUUUUCAAAAUUUUCCAUUUAAAAUGUAAUUUCAAACGUUUUUCAAAAUGUGCUACUUAAAAAGUUAAAUUUUUAAUAUUUUCAUCCUGUAAACUUUGUUCUUUUAAAUAGUUUAUAAAGUUUGUAUGCAAAGCAAUUAUACUCUAAGUUUCAAGUUAUGAUUUAGUUUGUAAGUUUUAUUUCUUUUCUGUGCUUUUAA